GUUUUUAUGUUUGCUACUUUCUACUUGUUUAAUGUAGAAGAAGUUUGACUCACGUUAUCUAUUUAGCAAUGACUUCGGUGGAAGCCCUUUUCCUGCCGCCUACAGCUACUGGCAUCUUGUUUGCUUUUGUGUUUCUGCUGAUUGUUUAUCUCCUUUUUUCUGAUGCCAGCUCUCAGGAAGAAAACAAAGAGCCUCCGGGUCCUAAACCACUGCCUCUUCUGGGAAACAUGCUGCAGGUGAACCUCAAGAGACCAUACCUGACUCUAUGUGAAAUGUCAAAAAAAUAUGGAUCAGUAUUCACUGUGUAUUUUGGGCCUAAGAAAGUUGUUGUCUUAGCUGGAUAUCAAACCGUUAAACAAGCACUUGUAUAUAAUUCAGAGGAAUUCGGAAACAGAGAUAUCAGUCCCAUUUUCUUUGACCUCAGCAAAGGACAUGGAAUUCUGUUUAGCAAUGGUGAAAGCUGGAAAGAAAUGAGACGAUUUUCUCUCACCACUCUUCGAGACUUUGGGAUGGGCAAAAGAGGGAGCGAGGAGAAAAUCAUAGAAGAAACACACUAUUUGAGGGAAAUGUUGAAAGAUUUACAGGGGAAACCAUUUGAUACUUCACAGCCAUUAAAUUAUGCCACCUCAAACAUCAUCUCAGCCAUUGUCUAUGGAAGCAGGUUUCAAUACAGUGACCCUCAGUUCAAAGAAAUGGUUAAGCGGGCCAACGAUAACAUCAAGCUUGUUGGCUCACCUUCUAUACAGAUCUAUAAUAUGUUUCCAUGGCUUGGAGGUUGGCUAAAGGACUGGAAACUUAUGAUGUUAAACUUUGAUCAAAAUCUAAAACAAAUAAAGGAUCUUGUCAUGAACUUGGAGGAGACUUUAAAUCUUGAGGAAACCAGAGGCUUGGUUGACUCUUUUCUUAUACGCAAAAAGAAUUCUGAGAAAGCUGGAGAUAAAGACACCUUGUUUCAUGAAGAGAAUCUCAUUAUAACUGUCUCCAACCUGUUUGCUGCUGGUACUGACACCACUAGCACAACACUUCGCUGGUGCCUUCUGUUUAUGGCCAAGUAUCCUCAGAUUCAGGACCAUGUCCAGGAAGAGAUUGAUAGAGUCCUCGGAGGUCGUCAGCCAGUGGUGGAGGACAGAAAGAAUUUGCCUUACACAGAUGCAGUGAUCCAUGAAACUCAGAGACUAGCUAACGUAGUACCCAUGAGUAUCCCCCACACCACUACUUGUGAUGUUACAUUCCAGGGCUUCUUCAUCAAGAAGGGUACCUGUGUGUUUCCUCUCCUGAUAUCUGUGUUGAAAGAUGAUACUCAAUGGGAGAGCCCACAGAACUUUAACCCAGCACAUUUCCUAGAUGAGCAAGGCCGAUUCAUUAAGAAUGAUGCCUUCAUGCCUUUUUCUGCAGGGCGCAGGGUGUGUUUGGGGGAGAGUCUGGCCAGGAUGGAACUCUUUCUCUUCUUCACCUCCUUACUGCAGCAUUUCCGCUUCACUCCUCCACCAGGGGUGUCUGAGGAUCAGCUGGACCUCACUCCAGCUGUGGGCUUUACAUUAAACCCCUCUCCCCACAAGUUGUGCGCAGUUAGCCGUGCAUCGCAUGAGUGAAUAUAUAUUUUUAAGACCCAAUUUACAUUCAAAGAAUGUUCUUAAUUUUAGUUUUGUUUAGUUUAUUUCUAAAGCACAUUUACACAACUGAAGUUGACCAAAGUGCCGGACAUCCCAACAUGAAAAAGUAAAACAACACAAAGAAAAAGAAAACCCAGGCAUAUCCAAACUGUGUUAAAUGACAAAGAAUAAAAAUAUGUUUUUAGACAAUAUUUUAAAGACAGACAAUGGCAAUGAAUUACAGAGCUUAGGAAUAGCAACUGCAACAGCAAUGCUUAAUCACCCCUAUGCUUCAUGUUGUCCCUAGAGCAAGUUAUUUGCAGACCUAAGGGACCUUGAUGGAACACUAAAACUUUAAAAACAAUCAAAAAAUGCACUGGAAGCCAUUUAAGAGAGGCGAGGAUAAGAGAAAUAUGAUCAUUUGUACACAUUCAAACAUUUUUGUUCAAAAUGUCAAUACAGUUUUAUGUAGCUAAUAUGCUGAAUAAUAAAUUUUAAUAUAGCUGA